CGUAAACAGUUUUCGAUAUUGUCGGCAAAUGCGCGAACGCGACAGAAUAAGAAAGAAACACUGGCAACCUUCGUGUGAGGUCUGCUUCCGACGGUUUAACCUGGUCUGUAUUUUCGUCCGUGUGUGUUCGGACAGAGUUCUGGAUUUUCGACUAGCUCGUGUCGCAAAUUGUCUCUUGAGAGGAUACCGCAGUGAGAGCCAUAACCAUAUUAGCAUCUCAAAUGUUGCACAUCAAACCGAAGAACACAUUUCUUUUUUUUUUUUUGCACCAAAUUUAAUCAAACCAAUAGCUUACCGACUGUAGUGAUAUCGAGAUCUGGUAGAAAUUCUGACCUCCAUGACGUUAUCCGCCAAUCACAGACAAGGACGUGUUACAAAUGGUAAGGAGCAGAAGUAAGAAUCUUACUCGUUCAUCCGCAGCGCGUUUCAGAAAUGAUGUAGACCAAACACAAGCCGAUGCAAAUUGCGUAACAGGUUACGCUCGCGAAAUAUUGCUUCUAAUGAGAUAGUUAUUAAUGUUGAUCUUCUGUUCCCGUUGAACAUUGCAUGAAUAUAUGGCAUGGUCGUACCUGCAGGUCGAAUGAUGCAGGUUGAGUGACAGGCUCAGACUGAGACUUACAUAUGUUCCAGGGCUCAGGGCUGAAGGCCCCCCCCGAUCUAACUUUUUUGAGGGGGGGGGCCUCCCAGCCCCGGCCCCUCUUUUCGAGGGGCUGCCGGGCGGGACGGGAAGGCCUCAAAGCGCCCACCUCUGACCCCUUCCCGCUUCUUGCCUGUACCCUAGAGCGCCACCACACCGGAGGACGCUGAAGCUGGCAAAGGAGGCAAGGCAGGGCCCCGCUGGCUUGUUGCAUGUACCCGACAGACCUGGCAAAGGUGGCAAAGGCUGGGCCCCCUUGUCGUGUUGCAUGUACCUGACAGACCUGGCAAAGGUGGCAAGGCUGGAGCCCUCUGACGUGUUGCAGGUACCCGACAGAGCGGGCAGAGGAGGCCAGGCGGGAGCCACACCCUUGGCGUGCUGCAUGUACCCGACAGACCUGGCAAAGGUGGCAAGGGUGGACCCCUUUGGCGUGUUGCAUGUGCCCAACCCCACAGACCGGGCAAAGGUGGCAAGGCUGGACCCCUCUGGCGUGUUGCAUGUGCCCGACCCUACAGACCGGGCAAAGGUGGCAAGGCUGGACCCCUCGGGCGCGGUCCCCCACAGAUCCACCCACAGGGGGGGCCUCCCUCCCUGGUGCCUAUAUUGUUAUGAUAGUAGGGAAGAUGAACAAGAAAUAGAAAAUGCCUCGUCGUCGGCGAUCUCGCUCUUCUUCGUCGGAGUCUUCUGACUCAUCAGAUUCUGACUCCUCCACAUCGCUGUCUUUCCAGUACAGGUUCAAUCUGCACGAGGAAGGCGCGUCGUCAAGCUCUGAAUCAUGUUCAGACGCGUCUUCGGAUAGUAGCUUUACUGAGCGAUGAUUGGAGCACCCAUGGCGAACGCUAUGAAGGUAGUAGAUACACCAAGAAGCUGGAACGGUGGAAGUCUAAGCGCAGGAAACGCCUCGACCGCUCUUCGCGCCGCAAAAGGCUUUAUCACGUGACCUCCAAGGUCAACCUUGCGAGAAUACUGAAAGACGGAUACUUUCGGCCAGGACGAAGGAGCGGCUACGCGGGUCCUGGAAUUUAUUUUUCCGGCUUGCCAGAAUCAUGCAGCGUGCGAGAGAAGACAGGCAGGUGCUGAAAAAACGGUGGUUGCAGUCAAGGCGAAGCUCGGAAGAGUAAAAAAUAUCCGGAUACCAAGACGACGUUACCGGGAUGCGAAGCUGUUGCGGAGGGGGUAUGACUCGGUAAGUUUCAAACAAACGUUUUCUGACACGUUUAUGAUACCUUCGAGCGAGUACAAGGAACUUCGCUUUAUUCGUAAGGUGAAGUUUAAAAACCCCUCCGAAGAUUUGUGUUGCAAACGGUGUGGUCCACAAAAGUGGUACGGUGUUACCCGCUCAAAGCGAAAAACUACCUCCACCAAUAGAGAGGAGGAAUAUCGUCGCUGUAGGGGCUGCGGCAAAAAACGAUCAACCGGAAAGCUCGUCAUAUGUUCUAUGGAGUGCAGCACGAGAAGUGAAAAACAAGGUGCGAUAUGCCAUAGAUGCAUUCGCGAAAAAUGUAACAAUUAA